AAUAAACUUGGAGAAACGAACGUGCCGUGUUGUGAACUUGUGACUUUAGUAAUAUUUCAUUGAUUAUUCUGAUAUUUUAAUUAGAAUGUUUUCUUAUAAAGAAGAUGUGAAAACUUGUCUCGAAAUGUCGCUCAAAGUUAUACGAAUGUAUGAUUGGCUUCUGGAUCUAUAUGUUUUGGAUUUCUUUGUCGACGACCAUUGGAACAAAUUGCCGAGUACGUGGCGACAUACCUUCGAACAUAUGGACCCUAAACAUUUAGGAGACAUUCUCUCCAAAAAAGAAACAAAUAUGUUGCUGCCACUGUCAUUUUUGGCCCUGAUAAAGUCGAUUGAAGCCCUAACUAUACCACGAGAGCGACAGGAUAUAACAUUAAAUGAAACAGAACAUAUAGACUUGAAUGCUUGCAAACAUCAUCCGAGGUUAAAAAAUCUGUUUUUGAAGCAUGUGAAAUUGAAGAAGAGACAUGAAAUUAGUUUAAUGGCUGGUGUAGUAGUUGAUACUGCUGUUCAAACUGGUUGUAGCUCUGUAAUAGACUUUGGUUCAGGUCUGGGACACCUGGUGCGAGUGCUAGCUUACAGAGAUGAUAUGCAUGCUGCUGGAAUUGAGUGCCAGUCACAACUGACGGAGGAGGCUAGGAAACUUGAUUUGGAGUUAGAGUACACAGCAAAGAAGCACUUGACAAGCGAGGCUGUAAGCAAACUGAAGCGCCCCCUACACUUCAAUAUGACAUUAUCAACUCACAAGCAGGUGACAGAACUUGCUUUACCAAAAUUCAUGGAAAACUAUGGAUUAAUUGGCUUGCAUCCUUGCGGAGACUUGGGCCCUUUAUUAUUGAAGCAGUUUGUUGAAUAUGAAAACAUAAAGUUUAUUUGUGUUGUUGGAUGUUGUUUUAUGAAGUUGACCUGUGAUGGUUUGAAUAGGGGAUACCCAAUGAGUGACUUCGUAAGGAGUUUGGAUAGUCAUCUCUCUUUUGCCAGUAGAGAGAUAGCUUGCCAUGCAAUUGAGGUGUACUGUGAAAGGCUGUGCAAAGGCAAUUAUGAAGAUUUGAAGAUACACGCAUACAGAGCUGCUCUAGAAAGGAUGCUGGUGGAACAAGAUCCAAAACUCCGCCAUUCACCGGUGAGGAGCAUCAAACACUCUAACACCAUGUCUUUUGAACAGUACUGCUCUCAAGCAACAGAGCGGCUCAACAUCUCCCUUCCAUCGAGUCCAGAAGCCUGGUCCCGGGGUCACGCCGACCUGGCGCAGUGGCGACGCGUGGUCGUGGUCUACACGCUACGGUUAGCACUGGCACCCCUUGUAGAAACUGUUGUGCUCCUAGAUAGAGUACUAUAUAUACUUGAACGAGGUCUUUCUUGCGAAAUAAAACCGGUGUUCGACCCGAAGCUGUCACCUAGAAAUCACAUUAUAAUAGCAAAAAGAUUAUAAUGCUUAUGUAGUAAAAUGACAUUUUAAACUCAAAAUUAAAUAGCAUAAGGUGCAUUUUGCACAAUGUUUAUCGAAUUUAUUGCUUAUAAGAAUUAAUAUGUGUUAUACUUAUAUUUUUUAAAUAAAUCAACAGUUACCUAAUUGUAUUUUUAUUUAAACUGAAUAGCACUUUUUGUUUUACGUACCUAAGUAAUUUUACGGCACUUGUCCAUCCAACUUACGCUAUAAUUAUAUUUUUCUAGUAGGUACCUAGUUCUUAAUACUAUACAAUAAAUCAUUCAGCCCUGGACGUCAAGAAAUCAUAUCAGAGUACGCUUUUCUUAAUUCACAAACCACGAGAUAUAUUGUAAUAAUAAUAUUAUUUUUGAAGAAUGUUUAUAUGUGAUAACUGUUACCCCUUUUGAAAAUAUGUUAGCAGUAUUACACUAUUUGUGAUUUCUUUCAUACCUAUUUGACUAUUUUCCAUCAUUAGUUUGACUCUUAAAAAUUUCAUAUACUUAGAAAAAGCCGCUUAGGUAACGUCAAACGCCAGGUUGAAACCUUGAUGUAUCAGAAAUGGGCACCUUAACCUCCAGCCACGAAACCUACACCUAUAUAGGAUUAUUUUAACACCACUGACAUACUGAGGAAACCCGGACUUCUUCUAUUUUAUUGUGCUAUAAUUAUUAUAAAAUAUAAUUAUAAUUAGGUACACAUUCCAGUUCGCCAAUCUGCCUGAAGCAAGACAGAUAAUUAAAAAGUAGGUAUUCAAACCUUCGUUGUGUAAGAAGAGGUCUAUGCUCAUCAGUGGGCACAUAUAGGGUGAUGAUGGUGGUUUAUCUCAACUUCUCAAUCCAGGGCUGACAAAGCGACAAUACUGCGAACGUUCACCAUUUCAAUAUACACUGUUGUAAAAUAAAUAUUAUGGAGGCCGGUAUUAAGUUGCAGACAGCCAGAGUGAACUUGCAUUCCUUGCCCUGAAAAUACAAUAAUUUUAUCUAGGACCUCUAGAUUUCAAUUUCAAGCAGACUCAAACACACUUAGUAAUGAUACCUAUACGUCAGAAUUUAGAGAUUUUACAAAAAAUAGGCCCAGUCCAGACCAUGGCCAUUACCACUCUAUUCAUCAAUCAGUAAUAUGACCUCUAAAGGGUACAAGUACGGCCUUUACGAGGGGUGGGGUUUUCACAUCAGAGGUUUACGAAAAUUGUGGUAUCUCUUAGCCAGGGCUCUCAGAUUUCAGAAUCGAGAUAUCGAUAUACCUAUUGCAAGAUUUUCAAGUGGAAAACAAAAUUAUGUUUGAGAUAUUAUAAGUAGGUAUAUUACAUAUACUUAUAUGAGCUCAUUCUAGACCACUGCCCCUCUUUAUUAAAUUUUUACGAUACACAAAUUUACCUUGGCCAAUAAAUUAGGAGUUUACAAAAAAAAUUAAAGCUUAUUAUUAAUUUUAGUUUAUUAUUUCCUCUUUUCAGGUGUGCAAAUGUUCAACCAAUGCUAUUGCAACCUACUGCCGACUUCCAUGUACCUACCUACUUAAAUCUAUACACAGAUAGUACCUUCCUAUAAUUUUAUAUACAUAACUAUAAUUCAAUCACUCGAAGCUCAUAAUUUAUUCUAGUGAUAAUUGUACCUACGACGGUGCGUUUUGCCAAAUUUAAUUUACAUUUAGGGACUCAAUACAGACAAAUGUGGUAUUAAACGAU